AUGAGACCAUCACAAUAUCUCCUUAACGCGGCUAAAAAAGCUAGCGGAACAAAAGUCCCCCUAGAAUUGACUCCUUUAUUUAUGGCAGUUGGUGUAGCACUAAUGUCUGGUACAUGGUUUACGUAUAAAAAAUUAACAUAUGACGACUCUUUGCGCAUAAUACACAACCCUGAUCAAUCAAGUCUGGAGGAGGUUUUAGCAGAAGCAGAUAAAGAGAAGAAAUAA